AUGCAGAGUGGCUUUCUUGCAGACUUGGUCAGGCCAGGCGGAGUGUCUCCGUAUGGCCAGGCCUUCUACGCCGUGGCGGGCCCCGAGGCUCGAGGGCAAAGGUCUCAGCGCGUGAAAACAGUCUUGGCUGUGAGACAGGCGGACCCGGAGAUCACCUUCUUCUACAUUCCCGACCACCAGGCAUUCGGCAGUAGCGCCUCCCCAUGCCUCCACGAGUUCUCAUAUCGGAUCGUCAGCGAGGAUGCCGAGACGGAGGCCGCGUACCACCGGGCGCUGGCCGCAGCUGGGGAGGCCUGCGACUCCAUCGACCUGCAGGCCGGGGACGCGCUGCUCAUCGACAACACGCGCUGCAACCACGCGCGCACGGCCUUCGAAGCGCAGCAGGAUGGAACCGACCGGUGGUUGCUGAAGACCUUCGUGUCCAGAGGUGGCUGGCGGCGAUCCGACUCUUCCGCUUCCUUGGAAUGGCCCAGCUUCCUGGCAAAGCCGUGA